GCAUUAUGUCUGGAUUGACAUGUUUCUUUGUUUCCCUUGUCUGUUUUGUUGUUGCCAUGCAUGUACAUUAUUCUGUAGUUUCAUAUAAGGUCUCUUCAAAUUCGAAUUCCCCUUGUUCAUCCUGUCUUCUUCCUUCAUACUCUUUCACUUAACCCACAAUGCGCUUUGCUGUCGUCGUUCUCGCUCUCACCUUCGCUGUCCAGUCUGCGUUUACGGCAUUGCUCACGCGUCAAAGCCUGCCCAAUUGCGCUGUUCCGUGUCUGACAAAUGCUGACUUCGGCAACUGUUCUUCCACCGACGAUAGCUUCGUCAACAGCACCACAUCCUGUAUUCAGGCAUCGUGUACGGGGUCUGACCUCACAAAUGCCAAUGCAGCUUCCCAGUCGCUUUGUGCUGCAGUGGGUGUCACUUUGACCGCUAGCAGUGCUACUGCAACGGCUACCACAUCAUCCAAUGAUACCGCUACCACUGGCCAAGCCUUCGUCCUCCAAUGCUGCAUCAUCGCAUAGCGUUAACAUACUCACUGGUGCAGCAGCCUUUGCCAUCCUGGCAGCGUCAUUAUAAAGUCAUCUCACUAUCAUUAUCCUUUCGCAUUCUUUGCGCAUUAGGACUUGAUAGUCCUUGUCACGGCGUUUCGAAGGUUGACGUUGAGCAUUAACUGACGAUUACCUGAUUGAUUUCUUGCAUACGGUUCGAUUAGAGGAGGGAUUUAUGGGGUUAUAUAGCCAUUUAUUGUAGUUGAACUCCGUUAUUCAUCUACUUGAACGCCAUGUUAGGCAAUUUAUUUGAAUUUGUGUGCACAAGCGCCCAGUCUUACUCGCCUCC